CAAGGGCUCCACAUCCCGCAGUGGAUCACUCGACAAUUGAAGAGCGAUGGCCCGCGCUGCGCUGCCGCCGCUGCAGAUCCCGUCGCCGCACAGCGAGCCGCAUCGGCCGGUCGAAGAGGCCGUGACCUUUGCGACGCCAGGCUAUGCCAUGGCCUACGCGACCUUCUUUGUCUUUGGCGGCACCUGCGUCGCGUCGUGGCAGUGCAUCAUCCUCAGCAUCGACACCUUCAUCGCCAUGUACCCGGAUGGCAUGGUCGGCUUCGUGUUUCCCGUCGUCAACAUGUCGGCGCUGCUGGUCAUCACGCUCUUCAUGCUCAUCGCGGGCCGCCAGCUCCCGCUCGACCAGCGCAUGCGUCGGGCUUUACCUGCAUGCUCCUCUCGUGCGCCGGCCUCCCGCUGCUGCAGUGGACGUCGCUGAGCACGCUUCUGCGGUACGCGGCGACGCUUCUGCUCUUGAUCCUCGCGUCCAUGGCGAGCGCGCUCAUUCAAUCGUCGAGCUACGGCCUCGCGGCUGUCUUUGGCCCGGCGUUCCUCCAAGCCAUUGACGCCGGCAAGGGCACGGGCGCGAUGGUCCUCGUCCUCGCGCGCAUUGCAACCAAGUGGGGCCUCGACGCCGACACGACGGACCUCACGGCGCUCUCGCUCUUCUUUGGCCUCGCGGUCGCCGCGAUCGUUGCCGCGUUUGUCUUGUAUGCCAUGCUCGACCAAAACGUCUACGCCAAGACCAAGCUCGAGACGUACGUGCGUAUCCAGUUCAACACGCCGCUGGCCCUGCCGCUGCCGUCGCCUGUCCGGUCGCCGAUCAAGUCGCCGUCGUUCUUUCCACCGGCCACCGAGUCGACACCGAUGCUCAAGGACGUCGCUGUCGUGGAUGUCGACGACGAACCGAAUUCGCCGUCGGACGAGCCGUCGAUCCUCUCGGUGGUUCGCCGCGCGUGGCGGCCCGUGGGCAUGGCGUUCGCGACCUUUUGCGUCUGCCUCGCCUGCUUCCCGGGGCUCACGAGCUCGGUGGCGUCGACGUCAUCGUGGUUUCCGGUGCUCAUGGUUGGCGCCUACACGGUCGGCGAUCUGAUCGGGAAGAUGCUGCCGCUGCACUGCAUGCUGCUUUCUGUCGAGACGGUGCACUACCCGCUUCUGCUGCAGCUCAGCUUUGUGCCGCUCUUCAUGUACGACGUGCUGCACCCGUACUUGCUCCCGGACGUGGCCACGUACGGCUUGGUCGCGCUCCUUGGGCUCGUCACCGGCUUUGUCGGCACGUCGUCCAUGAUGCUAGCGCCGACCACGUGCCGCGACGUCGAGCAAGAGCUGGCAGGCAUCACGGGCUCGCUUGCGAUCAUCACGGGGCUUUUUACCGGGUCGUAUGUCGGCCUCUUCCUCAACUUUAUCGUGCAGCUGAUGCAAUAGAUGAACGUUGUCAUUGUGCACUGUAUUGUCAUAUAUUCUUUUGUC